CGACACUUUGCCAAAUCAUCGCCCAACCUCCAUACCGUCCCGCACAAUGUCUGAGGAAGCAGAGACGAAAAUCGAAUUGAAGACCGCUGGCUUCGAUGCCCGGUUCCCCAACACCAACCAGACCAAGAAUUGCUGGCAAAAUUAUGUCGACUACUUCAAGUGCACGGCGGCGAAGGGUGAAGACUACCAGCCCUGCCAUCAGUUUAGGCGCGCGUACAGGAGUUUGUGCCCGGAGAAAUGGGUUGAGAAGUGGGACGAGCAGAGGGAAGAGGGAGUUUUCCCUGGACUCUUAGAGCGCGCUCACGCCGAGCACCACUAGAGUUUCCUCGAUUUUUCUGGCCUAUAAACCACAAAUCCUUGUCGCCGAUAAUAUAAAGCAACAAAAUACCUUGCAAAAACAAUCUUGUGAUGCUUGGUCGGGACGAUUUGCGGGUGUGUUUCGUUGUGGAAGGCCUCCCGGACGUCGAGAGGGCAGAUCGUUGCUGGGGUUCGAAUUGGGAAGUGUCGUGGGGAACUCGCAUCGUCCAAUGUCUGGGCGUAGAGGAAGUCCAGUUCCGGACACCUGAAUUCUGGCACACAACUGUUCCAACCCAUCUGAAUCGAGCACAACCAGUUGUUUUUGAGGCUCCGAAGUCGCUCG